AUGAUCAACUACGGCGAGGCAAGAGAUCCAUUGAUCUCACCUGUCGAUGAAGCAUUUUCCAAUCAAGAAAACGUAGCUAUUGAAGCUACACCACAUUAUCACGACGAAUUUGAUUAUUCAUCUGCCGAAACUGAGGAAAGCUUUGAAGAAAGCAAACCUUUGAUGCAAGACCCAAAAGAGGAAAUGUCCGAGUACAUUGAUGAAAAAGCAGCAUUUAAAGAUUUGGAGGCUAACAGAGCAACACCAAAUGAGGGUAGAGGUAUCAACAGAUGCCGUUAUCCUGAAAUGGGAAGUAUUGCUAAAGUUCUUGGCUCUGCUUGUAUCUUUUGGAUGGUGUUUAGUUUGUAUGGCAUUAACCCAUUUUCAUGGUUGAAAUGUAACACGGGCAACGAGAUGAACCCUUAUGUGACAAGCGUUGAUGCGAUUGUUGAAUCCAUGAAUGGUCAAAAGAUCAAACACCCUUCCUCAAUCUAUAGAAAUUUAAUGGAUAUUACCAUAAAUACCAUUCCAUCCACUGGCGAUGAUGGCGAAAAUGGCGAAAGUGGCGAAAAUGGCGACGGCAAUGGAGAUGGAGAUGCUAACAAGGCCAAGGAGAUUCAAGAAAUUUCCAAUCCAUUUGUUCCGAGCCCAAGAUAUGGCAAACCCAUUUUCAAGACAAACUUGAUUAAACAUUCAUUUGGGAAUUCAUAUGGACACCCAAAGAUUUCCAAAUUUACCAUCCCCAAGAAUGUAACAUUUAAUGCUGUUGUGUUGGAAUUGUUGACUGAGGUGGAUGGAGUUCAGUACGACAGAUUGGCCAAUAUCUUUGUCAAUGGAGUACAAAUUUGGAGAACAUCAACUAUUGAGCCAAGUGGCAAGAAGGUGUUUAGUAUUGUCAAUAAGGACGUGUCGAAAUAUGCCAAACUAUUUGAAGGUCACGAUAAUGAGAUUUUAUUUGAGUUGAACAACAUUCUCAAUGAUAAGUAUACCGGUGCUUUGAAUGUUACCUUGGACGCUACAUUUUUCCAUUUUGACCCACAUCACCCACACCAUCACUCAAACCACUCGGAGGUAGAACAUGCGAAGGAACAUGAAAGUAACCACGAAAUUGCCAAAGAAAUAUUUGAAAAAAAUAACAAGGAGUACGAAUCAGAUUCAGAUUCAGAUUCGGAUUCGGAUAAUGAAGAAGAAGAAGAAGAAAAGAGACAAGAAUCAUACAAGACCAGAGAAGGCAAUUUCAAGAAGAUGCUUGGUAGGAAAGGUGGCGUGAAUCAUCGUGAAGAAAAGUCGAAGAAAGGCUGUGCUGGAAAUAGAGAGGAGAAAAAAUUCCACAACUCGGAGCACCGCAAUGACAAAGAUGGUAAAGAUGACAAAGAUGACAAAGAUGGAAAAGAUGACAAAAAGCACAAGAAACCACCACAUCAUGGCAAACCACCACAUGAUAAACCAGGUCAUCAUCCUCCUCCUCCACCACCUCCACCUCAUCAUAAAGCAGCUCAUUUGUUUCAAAUCAAUAAACCAGCAGAUUCUAUUCACGCAUUAACCUCAACAGGUAAAGAUGAAGCACCAGUGGAAUAUCUCUCUUCAAAUAGACUCAAAGUUAAAUUGCCUACUGUUUCCAAGAAUACCACACGUUUGCAACUUUCGGUUUUUGCUUCCGGUAAUGCAGCUGAAGAAUUCUGGUAUCAGAAUGUCAUUGACUCCUUUAAGGAUAUCUUUGAAGAGGAAGGAAACGAGUUUAUUGGAAAAGGUCCAUUGAGAUUUGUCAAUGUUUAUUUCAAUGGUAGAAAGAUUGCUUCUCAAACUCCCGACCCAGUUAUUUUUACCGGUGGUAUCUCACCUGCUUUGUGGUCACCAAUAGUUUCCAUUUCAGCUUUUGAUGUCCCAGCAAUUGACUUUGACGUGACACCAUUGUUGCCAUUCCUUUGGGAGCAUCAAAGUAUCGGUGAUGAGUAUAUUGAAAUUGAAAUAAGUAAUGGCUUAGGCGAGGUUGGAAUUGACAACACUACUGCAGUUAACCAAAAUUGGAUUACUUCGGCCAACUUGUUGGGAUAUGAACAUCCAUUUGUGAAGGAUACUUCAGGUGUGUUGGUCAACAUUGAUCAGCGUGACAGAGCCUCGGUUCAUCCAAUUGCUGUGCCAUUCACUCAUUCUUUCCAACAGAUUGCCAAUGGUAUAUUUAGCGCAGAGCUUGUGAGUGAUUUAAGUUUUACCUUAAAGAAUAACAAAACCCUCAAUACCACAUUUAGCAGCUUUUCCAAAGGUGAGAUUUCAAACAUUCAACACUAUGCUAGUAGUGGUGAUAUUCAAAGGUUAGUUCACGUUGGUCACUCUUCGAGCCUGAUCUUAAUCCAAGACAAGGAUAUUCCAGAACAUCAUGCAGGCAAUGACACCGACGGCGAAACUCAUCACAAGAAAAAACCAGAAAAUAUUAUUCACUCCAUUGACACUUCAAUUAGCUACCCAUUGGUCUUGAAUACCAAAACUGUUAAGAAGGAUUAUGGCUCUGAAGGUGAGUACGAUAUUGAGUACGAUGUAAGUAUUGUCAAUGCAAGAGAUUUGGAGAUGAAAUUUGACGAUCACUUUGGCAAGAUCAAAGUCAAGAGUGCUCAAAAUGGUACCUCCACCUUUACAUUGUCCAACAAAGGAAAUCAUGGUUAUGGAAGCUUGACUGCUAAAUUCUUUAAGAAAAUUGAUUUUGGAAAACAUUUCCACAAAGGUUUCUUUAGAAGAGCUGAUGCUAUCAAUGGAACUAUAGUUCAUGAAGACUUGAAGUUCCGUCCUGAUCCAGAAGACCACGAACACAAACACGGUAAACACAAGGAACACAAGAAACAUAAGGGUGAAAAAGGUGAAGAAUCUGAAAAGUUUGAAAAGGGCAAUAAGAUGCAUAAAAUGCACAAUAUUGACGACAAGCAUAAAAUGCACAUGGACCAUAAGGACCACAAGGACCACAAGAUGCAUAAAAUGCACGAGAUGGACGACGAACAUAAAAUUCGUAAAUCCCAUGAGGAUGGCAAGAUGCAUAGAAUGAAUAAGGGUCACAUGGGUCACAAAGGUCACAAAGGUCAUAAGAGCCACGAGAGAGAUGGUGAUUUGAGAGAUGAAAAGAUGUCGAUGGCCACUUCAUUGUUAUACACUUUGAAAUCACUUGGUAAAGGUUGUGCUCAAAGAGCCAAAGGUGCAGCUGACUUAAUCAAUUCACGAUUCUGGAAAUUCGAGAAUCCUCGUCAGCAAGCUCAAAAACUUUUGAAAACAUUCUCAAAAGAUGUAAGAGAAGGAUUUGACCAUAAGUUCAUAGAGAAAAAAAUGGUCAAAGCUGGUAUUCACAUGAAUUUAUAA